CAACCGUGACGUAGGUGGCGUGAACAGGCCCUGCCCUUCUACUAGACGGGAAACCCCGUGGAGAAGCGGGAGCGACAUCAGCUGAGCAACCGGAGACCAGGACCGAACUCUCUUCACGACCCCCCGCAGCCAAAGCAGAGGUCAUGGCAGAAAAGGACGAACAUGUUCAGAGAGCCAAACUGGCCGAGCAGGCAGAGCGCUAUCAGGACAUGGUCAAAGAGAUGAGAGAAUACACCAGGACCAAGAAAUGUCUUGAUAGUGAAGAGCGCAACCUGCUGUCGGUGGCCUACAAGAAUGUGGUCGGUGCCCUGAGGAAUGCCUGGAGGGUGCUGUCCAACUCUAAUGGUAAAGCGGCUGAAGACUAUAAGGCGGAAAUUGAGAAGGAACUGAAUGAAGUCUGCAAUGAGGUCGUGAAUCUGCUGGUUGAUGAUUUGAUUCCUGGUGACAAGCCCCCGGAGUGCCAAGUCUUUUACCUGAAGAUGAAGGGAGACUACUAUCGCUAUCAAGCCGAAGUCUCCUCUGGAUGCAACAGGAAUGAUAUUAUUACCAAGUCAAAGGAGGCCUACAACGAAGCAUUGAAUAUCAGCAAGUCUGAAAUGAAGCCUACUCAUCCUAUCCGCCUGGGCCUCGCUCUCAACUUCUCCGUCUUCCACUACGAGAUUGCCAACGAUCCCAAGGAAGCCUGCUGUCUCGCAAAGGAGGCCUUCGACGAUGCCAUUAGUGACUUGGACAAUAUGGAAACUUCCGAGUCCUACAAAGACAGCACCUUGAUUCUGCAGUUGCUCCGCGACAAUCUGACCCUGUGGAAGACGGACGCUCCUGACUCCAACGACCAGGACGAGCAGCAGCUGGAGCAGCAGGCGGAAUAGACGACAGAGAAGACACAAUCUUCUGCUAACACAUACUUUUUUUUUUACCUCUCACCAGUCUCGGUUGUAUGUGUGGUGGUGUGUGCACAAACAUGCACGUUUACACUCGACUCACUUUGUGUAAAGUACAGCGUGUGUCCAGAUGCAUCAUGGUGUGUGUGUGUUACCUGUAUGAGCACCUCCUCGCAAAGCGACUUGAGCUGGGGUUUUUAUAAUUCCUGUGUCAAACAAUAACCAUUGUUACCCAUCAUAAAUAUGCUUUCUGUCCACUGUUUAGUUGAGAUGUACACACCUCCUCCUCUAUGGCAUCUGUAGCGAGACUGCUGCAACAAAAUGGAAAAACUCUAUAUCUAUUCUGAUGUUCAUCCCAGUGACGUCUGUGUCCAGUGUAUUAGGCAGCAUGUGUGGUACGUGUCUCAAAGUGCAUUACUGUGUGGAAAAAAAACCUUUCAUCCUUUUGUUAAAUCCGUUACAUUCCAGUACAAUCCAGUCUCGACAAAGUCCUCAAGUUUGAAGCCCACACAACAGGAUGACGCGAACAAACCUGACAACUUGAUACUGUAACUUUUGAUAGUUUUAUUUUUUCACCUCUACAAAUGGCAGUUUUACCAUGUGUUAGUGUGGCUCUCGAUUCUUUUAUAUCAAUAUUUGUGUUAUAUUUGUGUCAUUUUUUCCACUCUUGAGUCCUACAUGGGGCGCGUGAGAGCUUGGUGCCGAGGUGCAGGGGUUGAGUAACGCUAUUGGACUGGCAGUUUUCCUUCUUUGCUCAGGAUGGUGGUUUUACUGUAACUUUCCUGGGGAAAUACAUCAUGGCAGGAAGUUAAUAUAAUUAUUAAAUAAACAUGUAGAAAGCAGCAUUAUGCUUGUUGAGUAGACUCAAACUCUUCCUGGUCAAGUGGAUGCGUAAAAUACGGGAGGCAAGAUUCGCAAUGCAUCCGAUGUUUGGUUAUGUGAGUUAAAUAAAAUGAACCAAUGCUA